AGUGAGGGUGAAGCAUGGGAGGAUCUUACAAGCCACACAAAUGGCCUUGUAAUGGGCAGCUAUGGAACACUCACCAUCCCCAAUGCCCAGAACACCAGUGCCGGCCGCUAUGCCUGCACUGCCAAAUCCCUGAACCCUACCACCAAGAGCGAAGUCACCAUAUCUCAGGAAAUAGAACUAGAUGUCAUGGUACCCCCGGAAAUUAUCUCCCCUCCUGAGGCACUGGAUACUCUACUGGCCAAAACUGCCCGGCUGGACUGCAUGGUCACGGGCAACCCCCUCCUCGGGUCACAUGGUACAAAGAUGGCCUCACCGUCAACACGAAGGGCCGCAUAAUCCAGACGAGUGCCAACCAGCUCGUCUUCACCAACUCCAUCACCUCUGACACGGGGCUGUACCAGUGCCUCGCCUACAACAAUGCUGGACAUGCCUCCAGUUGGGCCCCGAUGGUCAUCAACUCGUCCAAGAACCACCCGGACCCGCCCCAAAACCUUCAUUAUUUGGUGCUCUCCUCCACCUCAGUCCUGCUCACAUGGGAUGCUGUCCUUCCUACCAGUGAGAAGAUCAAGGCCUACUCCAUUCACUACUUUGAGUCUGAUGCUGAUGAGAUGGAACGCCAGGCCGUGUCCCAGAACACCUCACACCUUCUGGAGAACCUGAAGCCAAACACCAAGUAUGCUGCCUUUGUGCGCGCCUACACCAACUUCCCCUCAGACCAGUCAGAGCGCCUUGUCUUCAGCACUGCCGAGGAUGUUCCCAAGGGAGCUCCCAUCGUGCAAGUGACUCCCAUCUCCCCCACUGUGCUUCUGGUUACCUGGAAGAAGCUGCCUCCUGAGCAGGCCCAGGGCAACAUUGUGGGCUACAAGAUCCACUGGAGGAAACAUAAUCAUCACUACUAUCAUGUCAAUGAGGUGUCAGCUGAUAUCCACCAGUUUGAGAUCAGGGACCUUUUCCCCGCCAAGAAGUAUGAGGUGCAGGUUCUGGCGGGCACCAAGGCCGGCUACCCCACCAAGAACAACUGGCCCUGGAUGCCCAUCAGGAUGCCUUCCCGCACGCCCCGCAACGUGCCACUGCCGCCCAUUGUGACACUCAAGGUGGUGAAUGACACUUCAGAGCGGGAGACCAACAAGCUGGCCAUUAAGAUUAACUGGAAGCUCCCAGCAGAGAACAAAGCUGAGGUGGAAGGCUACAUGCUGAAGUACAGGCGGCAGGAACGACAGUGGAAGGGUCCCAUCAACCUCCCUCCUUCCCAGACCUCCUACACCAUCAACAAUCUUGAGGCUGAUUGGUAUGAGGUGCAGGUGAAAGCAUUCAGUGUUGAUGGGGAUGGUGGUGCCACAGAGCAGAUAGUGCACACCAUGCCCCCCAACCCCAACACCACCAUGCCCCCCACCGCCUCAUGGAAUAUAUACCAGUUGGAGGCUGACCCAAGGUCUCAGACCAGCAUUCACCUGUCUUGGCGCCUUGCUGAGGGCCAGGAAGGGGCAGCAUACUACACCAUCAAGUACCGGCAGGUCUCACUGUCAACAGAUGCUACAAAGGAGAUCUUUGCAUGCAGUGAAACUCCAGAGACUGUCAUUACUGGACUGAAGCCAUUCAGCACGUAUGAGUUCAGCGUGCGUGCCCAUGAGUCUGACGCUGUGUAUGGCCCGUAUAGCCCCGCGGUGCAGGCCAUCACCAUGGGCAGCCUGCCCUCAGCUCCAGAGGACAUCACAUAUGAACCAACUGAUGCUUCAACGAUCCGCCUCAAGUGGGAGACGCCUGAGAACCAGGUGGACGACAUCAAGAAGUACGAGAUCCUCUUCACCCUGGACAAGAUGAAGCCGUUGUCCAAGUGGCAGGUGCAGGAGGUGGAUGGCGAGACAGACGUUGCCACGGUGAAGGGACUCAUUUCCAAUACGGAGUACUGGUUCAUGGUCCGCAGCUGCACAGUGACAGGAUGUGGCACUGCAACAGAGCCACUUGCUGCCACCAUCCCUGCCAUUCUCCCGUCACCCCCAGACAUUUCCCCAGAGAUACUAUACCUGAUCUGUGGCUUGGUAGCAUUCGUGUUUGUGUUUCUCAUCGUCCUCAUCACUGUGUACAUCAUCAAGUACCGCAACGUGACCUCCCAGCCACGUGUCUUAUCCUGCAAUGGCAACGGCCACAUCAACGGCAAGCGGGUCACAGCCGGGGCCAGCAAGGGGCGGUUGGGUGGCCCUGGGGACAGUGAGGGCCAGGAGAUGGAGGUGUACGUGCCCAUGCUGACACAGAUUCCACCUGACUUCAAGUCCCCGCCUUUGGACACCAAGGGUGGGUACCCAGACACUUGGCUCAAUGGACUCAGCAACUCUCGCUGCAAUGGAUACGUGCAGUCCCGGGAGCACUCCCUAGCAGGCGCUGCUCCAAGUGCCCCUGUCCAGGGUGGAUCAGAGGAGGAAAAAGAACAACUUGUUUUAGGUGCUGGAAGCAGUAAUGGUGCCACAGCCCAGUGUGCCUCUUCCAGCAGCCAGCCCCCGCCAGCAUCUCUGCAGGCAGCCAGUGAGCAGAGCCCCAGCAGCUGCUCCCUCACCACCACACCCCCGCCCUCCCCAGCCCACCAUCUCAACCACAGCACCACCUCGCAUGAUGGUCUUAAUAACGUCACCAGUCUGACAACCCUCAGUGUGGCGGAGGGUGAAGGAGGGGCGGCACCAGACAGGACAGGGACAGACGACACCAGUCAGCACACCACUGCUGCUGCUGCUGCUGCUGCUGCUGCUGCCUCUGUCACUGCCUCCACCCCAUACCACCACCUCCACCACCACCACCACCACCAUGCAGGCGCUGGGGCGACGAGAGCAGCGUCUCCAAGACCAUCACUGACAAUGGCACAGUAACUGGUGCAGCGCCUGGUCACUGCCGGGCUCACUUCCCUCGCAGGCCCCUGUCACCAAGAGUCUCCUCUGGUCUGAUGCGGGUAUUGAUACGUAUACAAGGCCUGGCCCAGCCACUGCGGUGAUACAUGCGGCAGCUGUGCCCAUCCAGCCCACAGUGGACUUGAUGCGUGUGCCUUGACCCAAGUGUACAAAUGUUGUCAGCGUGGGUACUUGUGACCACCGAGAAAAUGAGCGGGGCUGGGUCAGGCACCCAUUGUAGCCACUAACAGCUAGGUGUUGUUUGGUGUUUACGUUGUAGCAUUGUGGAUAUGACUCUCGGUCACACAAUUCAGGCUCAGCGUCCCCCCACCCCCCGACUCAGCACGUCAUGAUACAGUUCACUUACCGAGGCUUAUUGAAAGGAGUACAAAACACUAACUUUUUUCCAGAUUUUUAUGUGUAAACUGUGACUAGAGAGCUGUGUCCAGGUGCUCCCUCAUUUCUCUGACAACAAGGUAUCAGGGAUUAUCCUGGCAAAUAACAGUAUGCCUGCCCCCACCCCCAACCCACACCACCACCAUGGCCCCCAAAGCAACUUCUCGCGUCUUCACAACCUCAUUGAGUCGCCAUAUUUGUAUCAGGGAUGGUAAUCUCUUCUCAUAAUUUUCUUUUAUAUAAGACUGUAAUACAUCUUUUAUUUAGGUGUGUUUCAUUUGUCUGCUGGUUCUUAUAUAACAUAAAGUAGUACAAGAGUAAUGGGUUAUUAACACUUUAUGUAUGAGGAAUUGACUUUUAGGCAGCAGUUGUGUUAUGUAACAUUUCUGUGUUUUUACUGUUGAAGCAUUACAGUCUGAAGUCAGGGAGAUUCAUACCAAGAGCAACCAAGUGCAGGAGUCGUUCUUGCACUCAAUGAUCACAUGCAGCGCUUAUAAUAUUGCAGAAGCUACCUGAACCAUUAUACCGUUAUUAGCUCCUUACCAGGUGGGUGGAGGAUCAUUUUAGAGGAGCAUCCUUGGGAGGUCGGGAGUUGUUAUUUUCUGAUGAUGCUCAUCUGAUGCCAUUCUUCACUCUGAGUGUUAGGACUGUAUCACUCUGUAAAGUGUUUAGGUCCAGGAGUAUUGCAGCUUAUUUACUUGUAAGAACUGUUGCAGCUUUCAUUGCAUUUUCUCAGCAGAUGUCUAGGGCAAACUUAGACUGAUCAACUUGAUUCAUUCUUAUCUAUUUAUUGUAUCUUUUGUCAUCUCAUAACUAUAUUCUAUCUAUCUUAAGAAGAAUAUCACAACAGUAGGCAUUUUACCAACAAAAAUUUGGUAAAUUUGGCCUCUUUGCUGUGUCGAAUCAACACAGCAGCGAGUGGAAACACUCCCAGUGUAACAUGUGAUCCUUCACCCACAACUCACUUUGCAUUCCAUACAGACUUCUGACAAGUGGUGCUGUGCCACUGAACUAAAUUACCGUCAGUCAGUUCCCUAAAGGCUCCCUGGUGGGCAGCUCUGGGUCAGCUAGAUGCCUGCACACCUCACAUCCAGUGGCUCCAGGUGGUACUCAAACCCCCAAAGCCUCACAUGGUGCCAAGAAGUUAUAAAGUUGAUGAAGUUGACUCCUGCCAACACUGCCUCAGAACUUGGGCUGAGUAACGGUAACUUUGAUCAGUGGAAAUGUCCUCCUCUCAGAGCUCGGGCUUGCCUCUCCCCGGUUCCCAGCAGCACUGGCAGCACCAGCCCCUGUGAGCCCUGAUCCUCCACCAGUGUGGCACCACAGGUCUGGAUUGCUUAAUGAAAUGAUAAAACAAUACUCAAAUCUGUUGUCAGAUGAAACGUGUUAAAACCACAAAACAUUAGCAGUUGAAUCUAUUAAUAGUGCUGUUUGCUGGUGACAGCCCUUAAAUACGUGUUAGGCAGCCAUUUGUGCUAAUUUGCCUUAUGAUGAAAUUGUUCAAACCUUCAGGGCAAAAGAUGUGUGUUUGCAAGGGAAGGUAUUUGGCACCACUGGUGUGUGAUGGAGCCUUCUUGUAGAGUCAUGGUGGGGGUUCAGCCUGGCUACUCUCCUGUGUGUGUGAUGUAGCUGACUGUCUGAGGUGGGAGUUUCAUACAUAAGACUUAUUUUAAUAUUUAGUACAAAUCAUAUUCCAUUUACUAACUAUAUACACUGGUUAACUUAAUCCCUGGUAGGACUACUGAAACAAUCUCAGUGCUUUUCUCAAUCUCCAGUUGUACAGAUUGUCAUAAGUCACCCUGCAACACUCUGUGCAGUCAGACCACUGCUCUCGGCUAAACUUAGACCCCCUCAUGGCUUUGUAUCAAAGCCCGGAACUGAGAAUGGGAUGUGGUUGAAUGAGUGGCUUUGAUGAGCAGAAGAUUGGGUGUGCAGAGUGAUGUGAACCCCCUUCCUCCCAAGCAAGAAACUUAGCUCAGGCUUUUACCUCAGUUACUGUGUGGAGCUCCAGGAAAUGACAGUGUGAGGAGAUACCCUAUAUACGUAUUUGUUGCCCAUGGAUGAAUAUUGUCUCUAUUAUUAUGAACUCUUAUGUUUGUAUCUUGCUGCUAAGUUAGUUUUGUUAGCAGAAAGGGUGCCAACCAUUAGUGGCUCAGGUGAGGGACUCUCCGCCCCCCCCAGCCCACCACUACCACGCAGGGGGCCCACAAACGCUCAGUACACAACUAUGCUAAAGAUAGAAAAUUAUUUAAAAGAGAUUUAUUUCAAAUGUAUGUAUAUAUACCUCACUUUAUCAAAAUGUCUGAUGUAUAUACAAUUCCCAUCCCUCUUUCCCUACCUCUGUAUUUCUCUCUCUCUCUCUCUCUCUCUCUCUCUCUCUCUCUCUCUCUCUCUCUCUCUCUCUCUCUCUCUCUCUCUCUCUCUCUCUCUCUCUCUCUCUCUCUCUCUCUCUCUCUCUCUCUCUCUCUCUCUCUCUCUCUCUCUCUCUCUCUCUCUCUCUCUCUCACUGUUCAUAAAUUUAUGUAUAUACUUUUUUCCAUGGAUUCAGUCAGUGGAGGGCCGGGGUGGUGCUGGAGGGGCAGCGGAGCAUCAGUCCAGCUUCGUGCACAUAAUUUCUACCUCAUAAAGGGCACAGGUCAGGUGGGGCAAGGGACCUGCUGUUUCAUCCUCCAAAUUUUUUUUUUUUUUUUUUCCAAUUUUUUUUUUCUUUUUCUUUCCCCCUCUUUCUCUUUCUCUUUUUUUUUCCCCUCCAUUCCCUCACCCAUUUUCCACCCUUGUUAUACUUCAUUUCAUAUAUAUGUAUAUUUUUUUUUUUUCCAAUAAGUUAGACAAGAGUCCAGGUUGGCAGGGGCUGUGGUUCUGUUUCUCAGGGAGCUCAAUGUACAAACACUACACUCCACAGCACCUGCCCACCAGAUGACCCAAACCCCAAACACUCAAUCACCACCACCACCACCACCACCACCACCUUGGCCACCCUCUCCACCACCUCUCCUGCUUCAUUCCUCUAUACUACUGGUUGGCCCUUCUCUUCCUCCUUAAUGCUAAGCUGUAUCUUCCAACCCUUUCUUUCUUCACCCUCCUCCUCCUCCUCCUCCUCCUCCUCCUCCUCCUCCUCCUCCUCUGAUUCAUUAAUCAUAUUAGUAUACCCUGUGUUUUGUCUGUUAGUAGUUCCUGUGCUACCUCCAGACAGCCAUCACUCAUCCCACCCAAACCACCAAGGAAGAAAAGCUAAUUUCUCUCUCUCUCUCUCUCUCUCUCUCUCUCUCUCUCUCUCUCUCUCUCUCUCUCUCUCUCUCUCUCUCUCUCUCUCUCUCUCUCUCUCUCUCUCUCUCUCUCUCUCUUCCUCUCCCUCUCCCUCUCCCUCUCCCUCCCUCCCUCCCUCCCUCCCUCCCUCCCUCCCUCUCUCUCUCUCUCUCUCUCUCUCUCUCUCUCUCUCUCUCUCUCUCUCUCUCUCUCUCUCUCUCUCUCUCUCUCUCUCUCUCUCUCUCUCUCUCUCUCUCUCUCAUAUUUUUUUUACAAUACAUCCCCCUACCUCCCAGUAUACACAUUUAAAAUUUAUUUUAAAGUACAUGAUAGUUACGAUUUUUUUGUUAUAGACACUCAUGUGUAUUUAUGAGUGGAUGUAUUUUGGAAUUUUGUUUUCCUAAUUUUAUCAUACUACCUCGUUCCUUUUUGUAUAAUGAGUGAAAACUUAAGCAUUGCAUCUCCCGUGCUGCAUAUGUAUGAUAGCUCAAGGGACAAAGAAAGGAAAGAGAUUGAAUGCUCCUAUGCCAACUCCCUCAUCCUCUGCCAAGAGCGCAUUAACUCAGCUACUUCAUGAUAACCAGUCAUUAUUUUGUCAGUAGGAUGUUAUCAUGUACACUAUUGUUUCUUUUUUUAUUCUGGAUGAUUGCAACAUGAACUGGUAGGCUGGGGAGGCUGUCUCCCCUCCUCACCUCCCAAAGGUGUGUUCCUCCCCCCUGCUCCCCCUGUGACUGUCACACUGUUGGUUGCUCUCCCUUCCAGUGCAGUAGUUGUUUCGAUCACAGGGGCAGCCUCCCCCGCCUUAAAUAGGGUAAUGUAACAGAAUUUGGGAUUGUCAAUAAGACUCAUAUUCUAUUACAACAUAGGAUGUAAGCCUUCUUAAGAAUUCAGAAUGUUUGUGGAUUACUCCAGCCAGUUGAGGUUGGAUCCCUUAUCCUAAAAAUGCCCCCUUCAUUUAUUGUAGUUUUUAAGAUAUCGUACAAGUUAACAUGUACACAGGGUUGGAAUACAUUUUGUACAAUAAUUUAAUGUAUUGAGAAACGUCUUGUGCUCAUUUCUAUUUGUAAAUAUUGUAGUGACACUACUAAAUAUGUACAAGGUAGUGGAAGUUAUCGGCUUAGGUAGAAGUGAGCUGAACCAUAGGCCUGUUACUUGCAUAUAUAUUUUUUUUGGUUGAUUACUACAGUACAGCUAAAAGCACAAGAUAAACUAUAGUUUGCAGCACCAUCUUGUCAAGAGGAAAAGAAGUAAAAAAACAAAAAAAAACAAGAAAACAAUUAAAGUGCCCAUGCUCAUCUGUCACAGGGAUUUUGAGGCAUGACUUCAAUAUGGUUCAUUUUCCUCUCCCUCCCUUCCCCUCCCACACCCUCCCACCAAGAUGCUACCUUCAACUCCACUACUCUGCAACCCACACUUACAACUAACAGACAGAAAAUGGAACAUGUUGAAAUCCCUGCCCUCUUUGCCAGGACAACAAACCAGCAUGAGGUGUCAGGAAUGACACACCAGAAACAGUGCUGACCUAACAACCCCCUGGAACCCAGCGGCAGAACUUUCAAGUACUAGGAGGCAAGCACAAUGCAGGGCUUGCUGUCAGUCCUCCCUUGCUAGGGCAUACACCAUAGCUUUUGAAAGGGAUGCUCUCCAUUCUCUCUCUCUCUCUCUCUCUCUCUCUCUCUCUCUCUCUCUCUCUCUCUCUCUCUCUCUCUCUCUCUCUCUCUCUCUCUCUCUCUCUCUCUCUCUCUCUCUCUCUCUCUCUCUCUCUCUCUCUCUCUCUCUCUCUCUCUCUCUCUCUCUCUCUCCUCAUAUUCUCAUGUGUUUCCUUUUUCUUUUCUGCUCAUUUUUCUAUUAGUCUCUCUCUCUCUCUCUCUCUCUCUCUCUCUCUCUCUCUCUCUCUCUCUCUCUCUCUCUCUCUCUCUCUCUCUCUCUCUCUCUCUCUCUCUCUCUCUCUCUCUCUCUCUCUCUCUCUCUCUCUCUCUCUCUCUCUCUCUCUCUCUCUCUCUCUCUCUCUCUCUCUCUCUCUCUCUCUCUCUCUCUCUCUCUCUCUCUCUCUCUCUCUCUCUCUCUCUCUCUCUCUCUCUCUCUCUCUCUCUCUCUCUCUCUCUCCUCAUAUUCUCAUGUGUUUCCUUUUUCUUUUCUGCUCAUUUUUCUAUUAGUCUCUCUCUCUCUCUCUCUCUCUCUCUCUCUCUCUCUCUCUCUCUCUCUCUCUCUCUCUCUCUCUCUCUCUCUCUCUCUCUCUCUCUCUCUCUCUCUCUCUCUCUCUCUCUCUCUCUCUCUCUCUCUCUCUCUCUCUCUCUCUCUCUCAACAGCAAUUUGAUUAUCACAAUGUACAAAUCUAUUCGGAGGUGCUACAGUUAAGUGCUCAUUAGGUAGGCCCGUUUCAGGUAGCCUAGUCUGUCCUCCACCUGCUUCACCAUUUAGUAGUUGUCUGAACACCACCACCACCACCACCACUCAUUUCCUACACCAUCCUUUUCUCUACCUGUCAUCAUGCCCCUCCAUUACUCAUAGUUGAGCAAAAGCCCCUCCUAUUGUUGUAUCAGCCCCCAUGCACUUAAACUCUGGUGUGUGUACAAGGGUUUUCCAGUUUGCGUUAUAUGGCAGCAGCAUGUUCACUGUCAGUUUGUCCUGCUGGGAAAGAGGCUGAUUUCCUGGCACUAACAUUCACUAAUAGCUGGGACAUUGGUUUGGAGGGCUGCUCUUUGAUACAGUGACCCCUUGUACCCUUGUGAAGGAGUUGCUUGCGAGGUCUAGUGGUUGGGCAGCAGUGAGGAAGGGCAUUUAGGGUGCUACUUCUGGCCCGUUUCAUCCAUGGUGCUCCCCCGUAGACGCCAGGCAGCCAAAACACCAGAAAUAAAUAAAACUGUGAAGAGCCUUUUUUUCUUCCCUGCUGCUGCCUGCCUCUUGACCACCACUGACCCCCAGCACUCAGCCACCAUCCUCACCCCUCGCUCGCCACACCACACCACACCAUUGCCAAGAUAUUUCAAAUGCAAUACAGUGUCAUACAGUCUUCAGGUACCUCUCUAUCAUGGUCAGGAGAGCUCAUUCAUCAAUCCAUUCCAUCAUUCAUCCACUGUCAUUCAUUCAUCAUUCAUUCUGUCAUUCAAUCAUUUAGUCAGGUCAUUCAGUCAGUCAGACAGUCAAUCAGUCAGUCAGUCAGUCAGUCAGUCAGUCAGUCAGUCAGUCAAUCAAUCAAUCAAUCAGUCAUCUACUCACCUACUCACUCACUCACUGCCCCUUCCCUUUGGCUCCCAUGUCAUGUGCCGAGCAUUCCCCCUCCCUCUCCCCAUCCCCAACACAAUGCGGGCCACAGUCAGAUCAAGUUUAAGUUACCACAGCCCUCAUUACGAUGCAAGUAAAAGCCACACCUUCUGAGGUUUGCCAGCAUCGGGUACAAAAAGACUGAUACAUACGUACAUACUACACAGUUCCAAUGAUCAAAUUUUUGCAAUAACUGUCAUCCUUUGGCCAUCUUAAUUGUUUAAUGGAAAAAAAAAAAAAUUAAGCAAAACUGGCAUGAAAUGCAUGAAAUGAGCACACUGCAGAAAGAAAUGAGCUAUCGUAAUAUUUAUGUGGUAUAGUUGCUUGUAUAUGUAAGAACUGCCUGUGGUGUGAGAAUCUGAAAAAACUUUUGUUUUAGCAGCUGCUGGAAGAUUAUGUGACAGUGGCAAUAAAAAAAAAGCAUAAUGCAGAGAUGUAAAGUUUGGAUACUAGAGGAAGCUUUUCAUGCAUUUAUAUUUUAAUCUUUAUUUGUUAAUCCCCCAAUACCUAAUGGGAAGAUGAUGUUUUUGUUUACUUGACCCCAUUCAAGAUUUUAAAAAUGAUAAAAUCCAAGUGUACCAGUGAAGCUUAAGAUUCAAACACCAAAGGUAAAUAUUUUAAGAGAUCUGAUGUUGUGUGUCUGGUGCUUCCAGUUUGUGACAAGAUCAACAGUGUAUGUAAGGAAUUUUUUCCAUUGUGUUUAUACAUAUAUUUUGUCUUAAAAUCAUCAGUGAGGGAAAAUUUUGAUUAGAUUGCAAAUCAUGGAGUGGAAACGUGUGAUCUUGUGAUAAAAGUAGUGUCAGUCUGGAACUCUUAUUGUAUAAAUAAUACUUAAACCACAUAGCUCAGGUUUAGUGUUGUGGUGUUCAUCAGCAUUUUGUUUUGGCACCAAUAAUCACCACCACGGACACUGUGUGGGGAUGCGUCCCCGCCGGCAGAUCGGCCACUCGAUCCAGCCAGCCUGCAGUGACCGGGUGGUGAUGAGAGGCAGCAGGAGCAGGACAGUGCACUAGUCACCAUCCUUAUGGAGGCUGAGUCUUGGAACACGACGUCGAGCAAAAGGAGCACGUCGAGUGGCAGUGUGUGUGUGUGUGUGCGCCAACCCUACGUUUUGUUCAUGUGUUAGGGAGGGGAGGAAGGGGACCUUUUUCAUCAGGCUUAUAUCUCAGUUGCUGACCCAUAGGAUGAGCCUAAUUUGACUUCCACAAAACUUUCAAAUAACAUUAGAUUAUAGCCAAUCAGUUUUCCAUAGAAGCAGGGGACAAAUUGCAGCAGAUAAUUUAAUUAUAUACCUUACCCUACCUCGUAGGUGAUGUCUUUACUUGCGACCUCAGUAAACACAAAACUUUUUGUAAUUUAUAAUUUUAUUUGUCAUCUGUGUGAAUGUUGGUGUGAAGAUGACUAUGUAGUAUGUUGGCAUUAUUGAAAGGAAUUAAUGGUGAAUGAAGCAGCAUUUAUAGGUCUGGGUAUUUCAGUGUAUCCCACAUGCAAGCCAGGACGACCUAGUCUUCUGCUGAUUACUUGUAUGAUAUAAUUACUGACCUUGCUGGAAAGGACAUCACUGUAUUUGAUAUUUUUUUUUUUAUAGCUAUACAAGUCAAAUGAAUUAGUCUUUUAGUGACAAAAAAAAAUUGGAAUAUGGUAGAUCCAAGGUGGUGUUGGGCUGCGCACCGCCAACACCCCCCCAGCAUCUCACUUGGUUAGAGUAAUACAUAUAUCAGGUUAUUUUUGUACCAGAAAACUAUAGCCUCCUCACUCAUUCUGUUUCCAUCUUAUUCUUUAUUAGCAAGUGUUUUGAACUUGUAGAACACUUUUCAAUAGUUCCUGCACCUCACUCCUGCAGUGAGGAGCAGACCAGCAGUACCUGUGUGUGUGUGUGUGUGUGUGUGUGUGUGUGUGUGUGUGUGUGUGUGUGUGUGUGUGUGUGUGUGUGUGUGUGUGUGUGUGUGUGUGUGUGAGAGAGAGAGAGAGAGUGAGUGAGUGAGUGAGUGAGUGCACGAUGUGUGUGUGCAGGCGGACACAGGCAUGCAUGCAUUCUUGCAUGUUUGGAGUGCAUGCAUGCAUGUAUGUGUAUAGGUGUGGGUGUACGUGCGUGUGUGUGGGUGUGCAAUGUGCGCGCUUUACAUACACACACCAAAACCAGUGAAACUCCAUUCCGGUGAUACUUUAUUUGUUCAUAAUGAUGGUCGUCCCAGUAAAUGCUCAUCUUGGAAGGUGUGAGGAGGCUGAGGCAGGUGUAUGAGGAGACAGACAGACAGACCGACAGACAGACAGACAGCAGAACUAGGUUACUCCCAUAAGGUGAAAACUGGUCACUUGUGUCAUAACUUAAUGUGUAAGUCAUCUGGAAUUAUUUAACUAUGACAUUUAUUGAAGAGGAAUAAAAAUGUUUGCAUUGGGACUAACUAGUUUGGUCUGUUAAAAAAUAGGAUAUUAUACAAACAUGUCAUUGGAUUAUGAUGCAGAUCUUUGCUAAGGCUUCCAGGAAACAACUGCAAUGGUGACUUUUUAGUAUGUGGCCUCAGUAUAGUAUCGUUUCCAUCGGAACACAAAUUAUUUGUACUGUGUUAUAUAAUAAAUCAUUGCAUAGACUCUUUCAGACUGUUCCCAAAAAGAUAAAAUAAAAUACCAUUACAUGCUAA